AUGGAGAACAUUACGAAUGAAAUCGACGAGGGGAAUAAAAAGGACGACGACGACGACGUAAACGAUGACGACGCGAAGUGGCUUGGUGUCCCUCUCGAAGAUAUACCGAUCGGGAAGCGACGGCGCUUGUCGCGACAACAUUCUUCGCUCUCAUCGUCGAACGGUGGGAUGCAACAAAACGACGAGAAGGGGAAUCCUUCUCCUCCUCAAAAUCCUCCUCGUCAGAAUACGAAUGUUUUAUUAAACGACGACGAUAAAGUGGAUCGUUUCAUCAACACCAAGCGAGGAUUUAAGGAAUGCUUGCACGUGGAAUCCGUUCCUGCAAAGAUAUCGAACAGUGUACCUCUUGAAAACGUCGAUAGAAAUAUCGUGAGCGACGAGAUGAAGCUGAUUUGUAGGCAAGUUGGUAUUGUUCGUAUCUACUCUCAUCAAGCAGAAGCAAUACGAAGAGCGCGCCAGGGCGAAAGCGUAGUGAUUUCGACACCAACGGCAUCGGGAAAGAGUUUGUGCUACAUCAUCCCUAUUCUAGAGAUGAUAAUGGAGGAACCAAACGCACGGGCGUUGUUGAUGUACCCGUUAAAAGCGUUAGCGAAUAACCAGGCGGAGAGUUUCCAAAGGUUUAUCGACGCGGCGAAACGCGCAGUAGGAGGAGGAGCGAGACAAAAUGGGUUGACCAACCACGGGGUGGACUUGGAAAAGAUUGCGCGAUUAGCGAAUUGCCAAAUUAAAGUGUGCGACGGCGAUUCAGACGCGCAGGAAAAAGCCCAAAUACGCGCGGAGAACACGAAUAGAAUUAUAAUUACGAAUCCUGACUCUCUUCAUUGGAUGCUGCCGCAGCAUCAUUUGUGGGGAAAGAAAUUUUUUGGCAACCUAUCGCUCAUAGUUUUAGACGAAGCGCAUAUUUUUCACGGAGUUAUGGGAUCGAACGUCGCGCUGUUAUUUAGAAGAUUGAUGCGCGUGUGCAAUAGCUACGGUAAUCCAACUCCCGAGUUUAUAUGUACGUCCGCUACCAUCCGGAACCCGUCCGAGCACGUCAAGGCGUUGACGACGAGGGAUACAUCAAGCGUCGCUGAAAGUGGAGCACCGAGCGGAGAGAAAAGGUUCAUGCUUUGGCAACCGGCAGAGUUGAAAUCGACGAGUAAAGGAGGUGUUGAAGUAAGUGCGGAUGAUAGAGAGAUGGCGGAGAUGAAAACUCGGAAGAGUCCGAAUCACGAGGCGGCGGUUUUAAUCGCAGAUUUGGCUAAAAAUGGCAUUCGAUGUUUAUGUUUUGUCGAAUCUCGAAACCAGUGCGAAUCCGUAAAGCGCGAAGUCCGAACGAUUUUGAACAAGGAUAAUUGCUCUUACUUAUCGAACAAGAUUGAAUCCUAUCGUGGUGGUUAUUCGCGCGCUGAACGUAGAGAGUUAGAAAAACGCCUACAAUCCAAUCAAAUAUGCGCGCUCGUAUGCACUUCCGCCUUGGAGAUGGGAAUUGACGUCGGAUCCUUAGAUGCUACCGUGCACGUAGGCGUUCCAGAAACGGCGAGCUCAUUGUUGCAGCAAGCUGGUCGUGCAGGUAGGCGUCGUGGCACUUCGCUCGCUUUAGUCAUCGCUCGGGAAAAUCCAAUCGACGCGUAUUAUUGCGAUAGGUACGAAGAAUUGUUCAAACGUCCUCCAGAAGAAGCGUUUAUAGAUCCGCAGAACGAGGCACUGUUGACUUUGCACUUACCGUGCGCUGCAAAAGAGCUCGUUUUAGAUUUAUCAUCUACGUUCGAUACGAAAAUGUUCGACUUGAGCACGGAGGAAGUAGAGAAGAAAAACGAAAAGUACGCGAAACUCAACGUUGAAGAGAUACACGCCAUGAAUGAAGACAGUACAGAGCCGAAUGAAAGGAAAGCGGUGAAAAAGUACACGCCGUUCCACGCCGCGUUGAAAAAGUUACUCUCAACCCCGACCAAUAUAAAACCUCUCGUGUUCAACGCUACGACGAAUACUUUGAUGGAACAGAAAAAAUACGGAGUCAACCCGCACUCGGCGGUAAUGUUGCGCGGUAAUCCGUUCGGCGACGGGUGGUGGCUCGUCUUGAAACCAAAGGAGAGCAGUAGCGGCAUUAAUUACGAGCAACUGCUUCAAAACCCCGAAACGAAAGGUAUGCUCGAGAAACGAAAGUUGCUGGUGGAGUGCGUAGAUUCCGAUCGAGCUUUGAUGCGCCUGUAUGUCGGCGGUAUCCACCAGACGCGAGACGGUACGUAUGAAGUGAAAAAGAUUGAUACCAUGAAACGUAUCGCGUUUUGCGAGGAGUACGCACGAAACGGACUCGCGACGGUACCAAAAAAGACAGAAAAUAUUACUAUAUUAGAUACGAGUGUUGCAGAGAACUGCGCCGUUCGAUACAACCGGGAAGUUUUUAAUACUCGCGUAUCGCUCGGGAACGUCCGUGUGGAGGAGUUUGUUCAAGGCUAUCAUCGUUAUCGCGUCACCGGUGCAGACAGUGGCAAGAGUGUGAGCCAAGUUGAGUUUCAAACGCCGCUCUUGUGCUCAAAUUAUCAAACAAAAUCACUUUGGUUUUCGUUGCCGGAAGAUGUUCUGAAUAAAAUCCCGCCCGAAAACGUCUUUGCGGCUAUCUUGGGUGUGCGCAACGUCUGUGUGGAAUUGGCGAGCUCCAUCGCGUUUUGUUCUAGAAAGGAUGUAUCGGGCAGUUUCAGAUUUUCCAACGAUCCACCGAAUUCGACAUGCGUCAUUUUCAUAUACGAUUGUUGUCCCAACGGUGUUGGUUUGUCGGAUAAACUAUUCGAGCGAGCGGAAGUUUUGCUCGAGAAAGCCGCGUGCGUGGUGAAGAAUUGUCAGUGCGAAAGAGGCUGCCCUCUGUGCAUAUGUAGUGGUCGAGGCGGAGGAGGAGCUGCAGGCGCGAAGAGAUUCGUGAAAAUGAUGAUAGAGUGUAUGUGCGCACUUUAG